GGCCCGGCCGCUGCUCCCCGCCCCGCCCCGGGGAUGCGCUGCCCGGCGGGCGCGGAGCGGGAUGGAGGUGGAGGAGGCGUUCCCGCUGGUGGGGCAGAUGGGCCCCUAUCAGGUGUAUCUGUGCGUCCUGCUGGCCGUGCUCCUCCAGCUCUACGUGGCCACUGAAGCCAUCCUCAUCGCACUGGUGGGUGCAACUCCUCCCUACGACUGGGAUCUCCCAGGGCUCUCGGCUAACCAGAGCCAUGGCAACCAUUCCGUGAGUGAGCAGAGAGCUUUCGGGGAAUGGCUUCUGACUGCCAAUGGCAGCGAGGUGCAUAAGCACGUACACUUCGGCAGCAGCUUCACGUCAAUAGUCUCUGAGUGGUUCCUAAUUGGCAAUGCAUCAUACAAAGUCAGUGCUGCGAGUUCUUUCUACUUCAGUGGUGUGUUUGUUGGAGCAAUCUCCUUUGGCCAGCUCUCAGAUCGCUUUGGGAGGAAGAAAGUCUACCUCACAGGUUUUGCUCUUGACAUCUUGUUUGCCAUUGCAAAUGGAUUCUCACCCUCCUAUGAAUUCUUUGCCAUCUCUCGAUUCUUGGUAGGGAUGAUGAAUGGUGGGAUGUCACUGGUAGCCUUUGUUCUACUGAAUGAGUGUGUGGGUACUGCCUACUGGGCAUUAGCAGGUUCUAUUGGUGGCUUGUUCUUUGCUGUGGGAAUUGCCCAGUAUGCUCUACUAGGGUACUUCAUUCGUUCCUGGAGGACUCUGGCUGUUGUGGUUAACCUGGAAGGAACAAUCGUCUUUAUUCUCUCUCUAUUCAUUCCUGAGUCCCCCCGCUGGCUCUAUUCCCAAGGCCGUCUGAAUGAGGCAGAAGAUGCUCUCUACCUCAUUGCCAAGAGGAACCGCAAGCAGAAGUGCACUUUUUCAUUGAAACUCCCGGCAGAGAGGGGCUCCAGAGAGGCUGGCAGCUUUUUGGAUCUGUUCCGAUACAGGAUUCUCUUGGGACGCACCUUGAUCAUGAUGUUUACCUGGUUUGUGUGCAGCUUGGUUUACUAUGGUCUUACCCUUAAUGUGGGUGACUUAGGUGGAAGUAUUUAUGCCAAUUUAGCCCUUUCAGGCUUGAUAGAAAUCCCAGCGUACCCAAUCUGCAUUUACUUGAUUAAUCAAAAAUGGUUUGGUCGGAAGCGAACACUGAGUGCAUUUCUGUUCCUGGGAGGAUUGGCUUGCCUUAUUGUUAUGUUUCUUCCUAAAAAGAAAGAUACUGGAGUGUUUGCAGUGGUGAAUAGUCGCUCUCUCUCUUUGCUGGGUAAACUGACAAUCAGUGCUGCAUUUAACAUUGUCUACAUCUACACAUCAGAACUUUAUCCCACAGUGAUCAGGAAUGUUGGAAUGGGUGCCUGCUCCAUGUUUUCCCGUGUUGGUGGAAUCAUUGCACCUUUUGUCCCUUCCUUGAAAUCUGUACAGUGGUCUCUGCCUUACAUUGUGUUUGGAGCGACUGGUCUGUUGUCUGGGCUCUUAAGCUUAUUGUUACCAGAGACCUUAAACAGCCCUUUGCUAGAAACUAUUUCAGACCUGCAGGUAUGCUCGUACUGGAGGCUGGGAGAUGAAGCCAUGACAUUGCAAGCCCUAGAUGGCUCACAGUCUGGAGACAAAGACAGUUCUACAGGGAGUGGAAGUGAAGAUGAGGAGUUUUAUGAUGCUGAUGAAGAGACUCAUAUGAUCAAAUAAUGAAGAGACACUGGCCCAUUUUAUGCCUUUUCUUACUUGUGCAGUCAGUCCUGCUGUAUGACAAGCACUGGGGACCUCACUUGUCAGGGAACAUAAUUGGGCAAGUGCCUGCGUUCUUCUUGACUAGGAGAGGGGGUUGAGUCCUGUUCAGACUAAUUACUCCACUGAUGCUCUCCAUAUGGGACAGCCAUUCAAAAUCUUGUGGUUCAGAGUGACAGUUCAUGGACUGCAUUUGAAGCCAAGUGAGACAGCAAGAGUGGGAUAAUGAAUUUCUGAAGCCUAGGAAGUUAUCUAGGUUCAGAUGGAUUUGGACAGAUCAUCAGUGCACAUUUUAUUUUCAAGGUGGUGGAUUUUGAUUCAGUAUAAACUGAUAAACUGGAAAACAACCACUGUUUUAUUCCAUAGGGUGGAAGUAAUCACAGAGUGUACUGUAUGUUACUUCAGUGGGAACAAGUUCCCUGAAAUUGUAUGUUGAAAUGGGUUUUGCAUAUUCAGUACAGGAAAGGCAACUGUGAACAUAAAGUUUCCCUCUCUGCACACCUGUGUAGAGUUACAGGGUGCAGCUGGUUAGUCCUGCACCGGGUGUUUACUUAGUGAUAAUGGAAGGCUGGGAGGAAGGGCUACACAAAAGAGGCUGCAGACAUGAGGGGCAUUCCUGACUUUUUUUUUUUUUUUCAUUCUCUUCAUACACCGAGGUUUUUCUUGGGCUGACUUAUGCAUAUGUUUGCCAUGUUUUCCCCACAUCUCAGCACUGCUGUAUAGCCUUGCCUACCUCUAGCUUGUCCUCACUUUGCCAUAAAUACUGAAGCUUAGCAACUUCUCUGUGGAGUGAAAUAAUUCUGACGGAUAUAAUUUCAUGCGUGUGACAUAGGUAAGGUAUUUAUCACAAUACUCCGUGUGCGAGGUGUCUUAGAAUAUAUAGCUCAUUUUUGCAGACCUAUCUGUGUCUUUAUUUCUGGAAGAGACUUAACAUUGAAGUGGUAAGAGGAACUAUGAGUUGCUCUUACAUUUUGGGCUUCACGGCCAGUAAGCUGCUAGUGUUUAUUUAAGUCUUAUGUGUAGAUAACAUUCUCGUUUAAAAAACAGGCAAAUCUCUUUGAGGCAACAUUUGGUUGCUUGAUGUUGUUUCUUAACCAGGUGCUUGCUCUUAACAUUGUUGAGGAUGAUGACUUCAUUCUCCUGUUUAGACUGAACUUUUGGUAGAUGCUUCAUUAGCAGAAUGUGGAGUCCUGUAAUAUGAAACAUGAACAUAUGAAAAGUUUCAACUAAAAAAAUGAGGCCUUACAGAGAUUCAGUUUUCUUGAUUACAUUGACAUCUUUAUGCUCUAGUCUGUGGCUUUCUCUGUUAAGAUGGGUUUCUAUAAAAUGUUUCUCAGUCUUCCUACUUUGAGUUCCUACCAAAGUGCCAUACAACGGCAGAGGGUGUAUUUUCAGGCUCACAACCCAUUUCUGUAGAUCUUAAACUUGAAAAAGCUGGCUUUCAAAAUAUCAAAAAGCUGACUGCUGAAUAUUUCCUGGUUAAACUGGGAAGUUCCCUUUACUCUUCCAGAAAGUGAAAGUAAACAGAAUCUGAAGCUUGCAGCAAGGUGUUUGAACUUUGUUCACUGGGAACUGUAGCACUGAGCAAAGAGCAACUCCUCUGGUUGGUGCAGAGGCCAGCCCAGGGACUGCAGUUUCACACAUGCAGCAUUCCCAGUUGGACUGAACUUGAUCCAGGCAUUGGCUGUGAGCAAAGUUGAAAACUUCAGUCCCUAUGGACAGAGGAUCAGUAUGGUUGUAGGUUUUGCCUGUAUUUGAGCUUCACUAGAAGAAUUCCAGCCUUCUCUUUUUUUUUUUUUUUCCAGACUGUUGGAUAGUUGUUGUAGAUGUGGCAAGGCACUUUUAAACCCAGCUGUGUAGUCUUUCUGCCUUAUUUGGCCCUUUUGUAUGUAAGAAAAUUUCUCAAAUAAGGUGCUCAGAAAUACUUGGAAAGGUUGAACCUAUCAAAAUAUUUUUUAAUUUUGUAUUCACAUUUUAAUUUAUGGAGAGGUGGAAAAAUGACUUUUCGUUGCUGAUGGCUUCUAAAUAAAUAAAACCUGCUUAGUUAGAAGCAAACAGCAGUAGCCCAGUGGUAUUAACGUGAUGACAAGACCGUGCAGUUGUUUUUAGUUUUUUUUCUGCCUUUGUCCCUCUGUGGGUGUUAGGUGGAGUAUGUCAUCCAAGGGGCAGAUGGAAACUGUUAGCCUUCCUCCCUCCAUAUUUUUGCUGUCAUUAUCCCCUACUGGUAACCCUGGUAAUGCUACAAGACACCUCAGCAUAACUGUCAUUACAACUGUAGGACGCUGUAAUAGGUCAGGUGGAGAAGAUCACUCUGAGCUAGAUUUUGUGACAGUCUUUAACUUAUAAUUAAAUUUACCUCUCCACUCGUGCACUUUUGUAUCAUCAGUACACAUAUGUAAAACUGAAAAAAACAAGAGUGAAGACAAAAUCAGCAAUUGUUUUCCACAGAUGCUGCUGCUUCUUUUUUAACCCUAAAUCUGUCCCGUGUUUGCACCUUUCAAAUUUUAAAGGGACUUUUUUUAGAAGGAAUUUUAAAUCUUCUUUCUGUCAACCGUGGGAACUCUGUAUUGUUACUUUCCCUGGUGAGUUGUAUCAGAAGGUUUAUAAGAGAGAAUCCCUGCAGGAGAAGCUCAGCAGUGUAGCGUCAGGCUUUGCUCUCCCCCUUUUUGUUCUGAAGUUCAAAUCCAUUGGGUGUUUUUGAAGUUAUGUAAGCAGUCUGAGUAAGCCUAAUUGAUGAAUCUCAGUGUCUGAACAGUAAGUUUGCCCUGAGAAGCUACUGGAAAGCAGAGGUCGAUACAGCACUAGAUGUAUCAGUUUAUUAUGUGUUGUAAUGCUAGAAGUCUGAGACCUGUCAUCCUUGUUACAGUUGAGUGAAGUAUCCUAUGAUUUUGCUAGAGUAGCUUUGUAUACUAAGCAGCUGGCACUGAUAACUUUUUUUAUGUGUUACGCAGAGGUUAAGAUACCUAUCCCCUAUAAGGAAUUUUUUCCCUGGAUUCCUUUGGCUGUCAGGUUUUUUUUCAUCCAGCUCACUUUGUGGAAUUAUGCUAGAGAGCAGAGAGGCUUUCCCAUGGUGUUGAUUAGUCAGAUCUUAAUACUGUCUCAGGUGAGGUGUGUUUGGGAUUCUGCUUUCUCGGGAUCUCACAAGUGAUACGUGAAUACAGCUGGGAAUGAAGGAGAGUGACAGGUCAUGACAGCAUGGAGGAGAAUGAGCUGGUAGGAAUAAAAGAAAAAAAGAGAGGAUUCAACUGAAAUACUUUAGGGCAGGUGUAAGUGAAAAUAUAAAAUAGCAGCUGUUGGGUAGAAAUACCCUUCUUGCUCCUUGUCUUGACGUGAAGCUUCUGCUUUCAGAGCUAGCAUUGGUUCUAGGAUGUCCUAUUGGGGGCAUCAGUUUCAUAAUUUCCAUUUUAAUGUCAGCUUUGUUCAGUACUGCUGCUUUUGUGAUGAAACAUUUCUUUGAAUCAAUACAAAAUGUGUCCUGCCUCAGUUUUCUUUUGGACUUGGCUUUUCUAUGAAAUGGCAUGGCACCAAAAUAAUUAAAAUUUGGAAAGCCUUCUUUUGUUGAAUGAUGUAUAAUGGGUCAUUGCUUAAUUUGCCAGCUUCCCUUUAGAAAGAUAGAAAUAUUAGAAUUAUUUGAUGAGUUUUUGUCACACAACUUGUGAAGUGAUACUUCAGCCUUCUAAAGGGAUUUUACUACCUGGUUGCUUUUGAUAGGCUGGAGAGAAUACAAUACAGAAGUGAGAAGUUUGUUUUUGUUUUUUUUUUAAAUUCCAGGAAAACAAAACUAGUUCUUUAGGGAUUGGGAAAGUGCUGUUCAAAGGCUCCCUGACACAUCAGAUACUUCGAAGCUCUCUGUUAAAGGAGAGCCACAGGUGACUCUGUGUUUAGGUCAGGAUGCCCAGUGAAAAACAUGCCCACGCCUCUCCAGAGAUACAUAAUUAACAUAGAGCAUGUUGUAGCUUGUUUCCACCUUUAAGGAUUGCAGCCCCUUGCUUAUCUGCUCACAGUGUGCAAUCCAUGCCAGGGUCUUCAGACUGUGGAUGGAUGUACUGAGGUUAGUAGAUUAUCAUUUACAGAACCGUGGGGAAUGCAGUUGAGUCAUACAUUUUCCAGCCUAUUUCACCUAAAUAUGUAAAAGCACUUUGCAAGAGAAUGUUUUUGUUGCACUGAGGAAAAGGGGAAUGUGAGGAACAAAUAUACUUUUCCUAGAGUGUGUUAAUGGAAACAUUUGAGCUAAAACCCUUGUACCUGAGUCUUCUGCAUAAUCACCACAUGCAGAUUUGGUUACCAUUAUUUUGUUUUAGCUGAAGGCUGGUACACUGUGUAUCCCUUUUGCCACCCUGUUAGAGCUUCUUUGAUCGUGCUCUUUUACCCAUCUGAGUCUGUGCUUGCAAACUGUGAGCCUUGCAGUAAAUAUGUCAGGAAAGCCCAAGAGCAGUGCUGUCAUUUGAUGGUGGAAGUUAGUCUGGCCUGACACAAUGCCUGUGUCAGGAAUGUCUAUAUUCAGCUGUUUACCAAACAGGAGACUUAGGGUAUAGCUGUAUUUUGAGUCUCACUGAUUUUAUCUUUCUACAAGAUGUGUUACUUGAAGGAAAGACACCUGUAUAAGAUCUCUGUGGCAGAUCUCAGUGUAGAAUUGGAGGGUGAGCAAAUUUAUACGUAAUUUUUCCAUGCUGUGUAUCUUUAAUACCUUGUCCAGUCUGUUGUAGCCUUCAGAUUUUCCAGGUGCUACUGUUACUAAAUCUAAUAGAGCUGAGUAAAACUUUUACCCCCACAGUCUGAAUUUACUGAACUUUCUCAUCUGAAUUUUGGUACUACUUGCUGUUCCUGCCAUGCUCCUGCAUUGCUUAAUAGAGAACAGAUUUCUUUGGUCUAAUUUGAAGUGCCUGUUUUGUAGAAGUUGUCUUUAAUUUCCGCAGUCAACUUUAUAUGGGACUAUGUGUAAAGUAGCAUCAUAGAAUUGGAUUAUAUAAGUGCCAAAGACAGUUUUUGCUGGAAAGCAAUAGUCCAAAACUAGUUCUAGCUGCCUUCAUUUAGAAUUCUUCCAUGCAGCCUGCCAAAACUGGUAUUUACAAGCAUCUCUGAAACUAUGGUGGACAGAGAGUUACCUUUGUUUGCUUGUCUUUCACUGCUCAGUUCACUUAAGUAGCUUUUGUUUCUGAGAAACCAAAGAAAUUGAAUGAAGGAUUAAAGUGUAGGCUUUGUAGAACAUGCAGAAUUUAUACCAUGUAGCCAUUACAGAGGAAUCUGCAGAGCCUGUUUCCUUCUGAGUUGCAAAGUUUACUCUAAAACUGAUUGGAAUUUGUUAGUUCAUUCAUCAACCUUACAAAUUAGCAUUGUUAAUAACAACUUGCCUGGAGCUUCACAGGAUCUAGCAGAUUUUUAUAAAAUGCCUGGUCUAUUUGAGGCAGCAUUAUUGCUAAAUAGUAAUGUCUAGAAUUUAAAUCCCUGUUGCAACUGAUAUUCACUGCAAGUCAGCCCUAACAUGGCUGUGUGUUUGUCAGUAAAAGGGCAGAUGAAUAAAGCUUGAGCUGACUAGCCCCAGAAGAAAGAUUAUUUCUUUUAAACCAUUCUCCACUCUUUAUGCAGAAUGAAGUAGGACCAUGGGGUGUUGGGAUCUUGUCAUAUACAGCAAGACUGUAGGAUGAAAAAUGUUUAAAUACUUGCCCACCCUCAUUUACUAAAGGUUUAUAGGGGAAAUUGGUCUUCAGCAUGCUUGUUACUGCUUCUCACCAACACAUCUGAGGUACUCAUCUCAUCCUUUUUAUGGCAAAAAGUAUGGCAGUAAGAAAACCUUUGCCAAUAUUGAAGGUUAUAUAUAAUUUAAAAUCUCCCAUGAGAGGUAUCCGGCACACCUGUUUUCAAAUAAAAUGUUUUUAAAUUAUGGAAACCUGAUUGGGAGACAGGCAUUUCUACUGCUAGUUUAUAGAAAAAAAUCAGUUUUGCAGGCACUGAUAAAAAUUGUUAUAGAGCAAACAAUUGCAGGUGAUAUGUGAUGAAAGAGUUGUGGAUGCUGUGAUUUCAAGUAUGCCUCUAAAGGACUGGUUUCUACAAUUUGAUCCUUUUCACUCUUCAAAAUCAAAACCAAAUUUUAUUUUGUUCCUGUUAAAAUUUGAGUAAGUAAUGCAGAAAUAGGAAGUAGAUUUUUCGUAUAUAUAGUUUUAUUGCACUACCGUUGCCUCCUGAAUCUAAUGGUACCUCGAUUUUUUUAAAGCUACCUCUUUAUGUUGAGCUUGUUUGUCACUUUAAUUGAUUUUUAGGAAACUACAAAGUCUUUCCUUUUUUAUUUAUGUGGGAAUCCAUGACUUAAAGUCAUCCUUAUCUUUAAAAUUUUUCUUAAAGGCCUUUUAAAUUUAGUUAAAAGGCUUAAUACUUUGAAGGAGCAGAAUUACAUGGUUAGAACAUGGCUUUUCCUGCGUAUACUGUUUGCUUUUAGAAGGGCCAGAAAGCUCUUAAUUUUAUAUUAGUCUCAGCUGAGGACAGUUUUCAGGGGCAAUAAGUUUUGAGUUGAGUUUUAAUCAAAUCAAUUUAUUGCCAAUUGAGAUUUUAGUUACUGCUUUGGUAUUGAAAGAAAAAAUAAAUAAAACACUUAGAGAAAACACUGCUGCUUUUUUCCAGACACUGCUCUUCCUCCUCUCUCCCCUACCCCACAGUGGUCUGCAGUUCCAUGACUGCAUGUCAUGCUCAGUCCCUUCAGCAAGGCAACAGGCAGCACAGGAGACUGGGAUCAAUCUGUUGUGCUUGUUUUUUUCACUGCUCUUUGUUAUUCAACUGCUCUAGUGUGGGUUUCAUCACCAGACACAAUCCCUUUAGAGUUGUAGCUCCUUUUGAGUCUACUGUUAGCCUCUCCUCAGGCUGUGAUUUUCCUUUGGCUUUUUUUCCUGCUCAGCUGUCUCUCCUUAACAGCUCCUCUUGUGCUGACACGGACUUACCCUUUUUUCCUCCUGCUGCUGUAGUGCUGUAAUCUCUUUCUUGUCAUUUGCUGCCCUUCUUAAACACGGUUUUGUGGAAGUGCCAGCAGGUCUUCCAACAGUGCUGGAGUGCAGUGGGUCAGUGCUUUCUAUGCCCGAGAGGCAAUGGACACUAUCUGAGACACAGGAGGAUCCAUCUGAUCACAGGGAAGCACUUUUUUACUGUGAGGGAGAUCAAGCACUGUCACAGGUAGCCUGGAGAGGUUGUGGAGUCUCCACGUGAGGUGAUAUUUAGAAGUCAUCUGGACAUGGUCCAAGCCCACCUGCUUUAGUAGGUGGCUCUGCUUGAGCAGGGAGGUUGGACCAGGUGACCUCCAGAGGUCCCUUCCAACCUCAGCCAUUCUGUGAUUUCUAUGCUGCCUGUUUCUGAGCUGGCUGGGACCCGCACAGGGCAGUGCCUGGCCUCUUCCCUCACAAGGCACUCUGCAGCCCUCUCACCGCUGCAGACCCUCACAGUUAUGCUCAGUACAUCACUUUACAGGGUUGGGGUUAUUUUGUAAAUCGAGUCCUUAGUUUGGGCUGACAGUGUGUGAGUGGUAGUUGGUACUAUAUUCCCUUUCUGUGUUGCUGUUGUCUUAGGUCAAGUAAGUGAAACUCCUAAGGAUAUAAUCAGGCAUUUAUAGCCAAGCUCUGUGUCUGUUUGCAUUUACAUCCUUGCUGAUUUCAGAAGACAGGACUUAGACCUCCACUUGACCAGAGGAGCAGCCAGAGGGGUAAACUACUUUGUUGCUGCUCCACCUUUCAUCAUCACAAAACCAAAUCUUUGUGUAGUCUCUUUAUCCUGUAGACUUUGCAUUGUUUCCUCAUGCCCAUAUAAUUUGAACUAUCAGUUGAAAGUCCUUGCCAGUUGGGAACUGAAUAACAGGAAAUUGGAAAUGGAGAGAAUAGAUUCAGUCAAAAAUGAAGUUGUAUAUAGUUGGUGUGUGUAUUGUUAAAUAUUUAAUUUGUAUUACUUGAAUACUGAGUGUUAUGAGCCUUCCCAUGUUAAAAUGAGGACUGAUAUAUUUUAGAAGUACUUUUUCUUCUUUAACUGUCUUAGUGUGCUGUUGUUAACUCAGAGUUGUACUGCUGAAAAGUCUGUUUUGUAGAAUACUUCUUCAUCUGAGAAGUCACAACUGAAGACAGCAUAAGCUUUUCCACAGUAGACCUUUUAUGGUGGUAUAUUCAUAUGUUCUGUGAACAGCUGUUUGAUCCAUCUUUUUAAGAUGUUCUUUGCCAUAGGUGAGGGGCCAUAACAAAUGUUGAAAUAUUCAGAAUAAUUGCACUUGCCUAUUCUGUUUUCUUAAUGUAUUUCCUAUGCAUAUUGCCUUUACCUGUAUGUAUUGUACUUCACUGGAGGUACGAAAGGUAAAUAUCAGGUUCUUAAUUUAUAAUAUGUAGAUGAGUUUUUAAAAUAAUUCUGUAAUGCUACAUAUUUUCCAGUGAUCUGUCUACUAAGAGAGGGUGAUGGUGGUAAACCCAGGUGUGAAUUUAGUCAAAAGUUAAUAUUGGUGGUCUUUACGUUUUCUCCCAAUUUCUGAAUUAUUUUGAUAAUUUGAAAUACAUUUUUUCUUUUAAGAAUUUUGUAGACGCUAACCUAUGUUAGUAAGACAACUUUUAGGUGAUUUGUAACAGCUCUGAUACUGCCUCUGAUUUGUACAGUUCAUCUAAUGUCUUUGUAACUUAUUUUGUGCCUUUUUCUUCCCCAACACAAAAAUCUCUCAAUAAAAACAAGUUCUUUUGCAACACCACAA